AUGGUGGAAACCCGACAACAGUCAGAGAUUGAUGCCCUUCGUGCUUCCAUCGAAACGUUAACUGCCUCCUUUCUUGAUGUGAACACUAGAUUGGAUCGUAGAUUGGACACUAUUGAAACUCGUAUGAAGGCCACUGAAGAACAAAUUCAUAUUUUUGGCCAAGAAAAUCGUCAUAGGGGACAUGAGGGUAAUGGCCGUCAGAACCCUCCACGUGAUAGAAACGUUCGACAUAUUCCUCCAACCCGACUCACCAAAGUCGACUUUCCUCGAUUUGAUGGAACCGAAGUGGAAGGUUGGCUCAUAUCUGCAGAACAAUUUUUCCGCGUUGAUAAGACAGAGGAUGAAACCAAAACAGACAUUGCUCCAAUCCAUUUUACGGGCAACGCCAGAAUGUGGUACGGUUCCUAUUUGCAGCAACGCAAUCAUCGGGAAAUCUUGACGUGGGAAGUGUUCAGAAGGGAUCUACUAGCACAUUUUGGUCCCUCUAUGUAUGACACCCCCAUGAGACAGAUAUGCAUCUACGACAGAAUGAGGAAUCAGUCAUGGGAGUACGUGAUAGAAUGUUACCUGGCGGGUCUGAACGAGGAAAUUGCAGAUGCUGUCAAACUUAGAAAUCCAGAAACUUUGAACGAGGCUAUGUCGAUGGCCAAAGCCCAAGAAUCAAUAUACAGAUCCCUGUGGAGCAGAGGACACUUGUAUAGUAAAUUAGCCCCUUUACUGCCCAAACCAGUCGGGCCAAGUACCAACCGAACUUCUUUUUCGGGCAUUCCUCAUGCAUCUUCUUCUGGAGGGAAUCAGGGCUCGAUGAAACAAUUAGAACCUGCUGUAUUCGAUGAGAAAAGGAGAAAAGGCCUUUGUUACAAAUGUGAUCAGAAAUGGGAACCAAACCACAAGUGUAAAACAAAGUUGUUCAUGAUCUCGGCUAAUGAGGAAGAAGCCUUACCAGACGUCCAAUUGGUUCAAGAAACGGUUGUUGACGAUCCUUCAUUGUUGCAGCCCAAUUCAGUGGAGGAGCCCGCCAUUUCUCUACAUGCCUUAACCGGUUCCAAGAAUUUCCAAACUCUCCAGAUCCGGGGCAAGAUUGGGAGUCUGCCGGUAGUGAUCCUUAUCGACACAGGCAUCACUCACAACUUCAUUAACAGCAGGAUACUAAGAAAUAUAGGCCACGAGGCUAUGAAAACUCAAGUGUUGUCGGUAAAAGUGGCAGACGGUUCAACCCUGUUUUGUUCCAGCAUUUGCAAAAACCUGAAAUGGUCCAUGGAAGGUAAAGAUUAUCAAGCGGAUAUGAAAGUUCUUACUAUGACAGGUUAUGAUAUGGUGUUGGGCAUAGAGUGGUUAAUUACUCUAGGCACUUCAGCCUGGAAUUUUGAAAAACUUACAUUUUCUUUUGAAAUGGAGGGUGCAACUAUUACCUUGCAAGGGAUACCCCAAACACAAAUUAAUCUUAUAGAGGGUCACCAGUUGGAGAAAUUGUUAAGGAAGGGCAGCCUGGCUGCCAUGGUACAAGCAAAAACAGAGAAUGAAGCCCAGUUCUUUGCACUUAUCACAAGAGCCCAGGAAGAGGUUUCUGAAGAUCUUCAGGGGUUGCUUGAUGAUUUUAGUACUCUGUUCCAGCAGCCGGAUGGCUUACCACCUACAAGAGAGCACCGAAGCUGUGUGCUUACACCCUUAUCGCUACCCGGCCCUGCAGAAAUCAGAAAUUGA